AUGGUUAAUACUUUAGAACGAUGCCAAACUGUACUUGUAGAAUUGCCUGAAAGUAGUAUUGUCUACGACUGGUUCACAGCUCUUCACGCUUUUUAUAAUCCUAUUCAUACUUAUUUAUCUAUAGCUAUAUGUAUUUUGGGUACUUUAUGCAAUUUUUGUAACAUUAUCGUAUUAACAAGGAGACGUAUGCGUACGCCUGUAAAUAUGAUUCUCACUGCAAUGGCUGCUUGUGAUACGGUAGUAUUGUUCUCGAAUUUAGUAUACGCAACGCAUUACACUUUUGUAGCUUUUGUAAAUUGUCAUCCAAAACAUUGGAGUUACGGUUGGGCAGUUUUCCUUAUAUGUCAUGCGCAUUUAUCACUUAUUGGUCAUUCUAGCAGCGUUUGGUUAUCAGUUAUGUUAGCACUAAUAAGAUAUUCUACAUUACGAAGUAGACGAAAAGUUAAUGUCUCGCAGAUAAAUUUAAAACAUUCAUACAUGGCUAUAGCUUCGGUCAUAUUAUUUGUUGCUGUAAUGAACAGCCCUAAUUUUUUGGUCUAUCAUAUAUUCGAGAUGAAACUCAGUGAAACAUGUAAUGUCACGGAUACACGUAAUAUAAACGCUAGUGCUUACAUCCCAGGUGUUUCAGAUUUGGCUCUUGAAGCUCACUGCUUGGUAUUCCGAUCAGCUUUCUGGAUAUCAGGAACGAUAUUCAAGAUGGUUCCAUGUUUACUUUUAUCGUUGUUUGUUUGGUUACUAAUGAAAAUUCUUACAAAAAUCCAACGAAAUCAUCAAAACAUUGAUAAUCAAAGUAGCAAACGAAAUUCUACUCAUUUUCAAUCUACUAAUACUACUCCAGGUAGCGCAGGUAUUACAAGUCGUACAGAUCGAACCACUAGAAUGUUAUUGACGAUUUUAUUUGUAUUUUUAAUAACCGAACUUCCUCAAGGAAUAAUGGCAGUGUUAUCGGGAAUUUUACCUGAAGCAUUUCGAAGAUAUAUUUAUAAUAGCCUUGGGGAUUUACUGGAUUUACUAUCACUUUGCAAUGCUUGCACAACUUUCAUCAUUUACUGCUCAAUGAGUGAACAAUUCAGAAAUGAAUUUAAAAGGGUAUUUUCAUUACGAAUAAGAAUUAAAUUUGGUCGUACAUCGAAAUCAACUCAAAAUUUGAAAGCGUUACCAAUACAUUCAUUUAUUACUGCCAGUUGUGAUCAUACUUUUCAAAUAAAGCGCAAAAUAUUAAACGAGUAA